ACAACGCCUUUAGUUAGAAGCCAAGACGCUAAAGAAAAACUCAUAAAUAUUCUCAAAUCAAUUCCAAUUUCCUCUUCUAGAAAACCAAUACAUCUAAACCAAAAACCUCCUUUUACCAUUUUAAUUUUUCCUAUAUUUUUAUCAUAGUUUCCAUGCACCAAACGUAACAAACUUUUCACCUCUCUCACCUUUUUUUCCACUCCAAUAUUCUCCAAAUCCAUUCAUCUUCACACAAGCAACAUCAUGUUAACCAAACAACAUGAAAUUAAACUACCAAUGUUCCAAACUUUGUUUCUCAUGUUUUUCUACAUCACCGUUCCUGUAAUGAUCAACGGCGUUGAAUCGAGAAAACUUGACGAGACAACAAUGCCUACAACAAACGACACUGAUGUAAAGUGUGCACCGUCAUGUGGUGGCUACGCUCCACCGCCGCCUCCGCCUCCACAAAACUGUCCCCCGCCACCCUCACCACCACCGCCGUCUCCAAAGAAACCACCCUCGCAGAAUUGUCCCCCACCACCCUCCCCAUCCUCCUACUUAUACAUAACCGGACCUCCUGGAAACUUGUAUCCCAUCGAUGAGAAUUUCAGCGGAGUUAACCACCGCCAUCACCGCAGCCUCGCCGUAGUAUUGUUGUCGCUCGCGGUUGCUUUUUGGGGCGUGAUUACGGUGGAAGGAUAUAUUUCACAGUUUCUGUAAUUUCAUAGUUGAUUAAGAGUAUCGAAAUUUUACAGAAGGUAACAUGAAAAUUAUGUAUUCAGUGAUUAGUAUAUUUGAGAUGUUAUGUUAUGUUCUGUUUCUGUUCUAUAUUAUGUAAUCACGUUUUGUUUCAUAUUAACCAUUUAAGAUUAAAAUGCUA